AUGAAUUUCUACAGAUCGACUCGUGGUGCUUCAAAGCACCGAAGGGAUCAAAUUAAUAUAGAAAUUCAAAGACUUCGCGACCUACUUCCGCUUUCCGAAUCAAUCAGAGAUCGACUUUUUCAACUUCAAAUUAUGUCAUUGGCUUGUAUAUUCAUUCGUAAAGAGCGGUAUUUACCACAUGUGAUUCGGCCAAAUGGCUUCAGCGAUUUGGUUAUAUCAGCAGUGAAACAACAUGAUGGAUGCAAAGCUCUACGAGGAUUUCUUUUAAUGUUCACCAAAAACGGGAAAUUAUUGUACAUCUCGGAAAAUGCAAGCGAAUAUCUUGGACAUUCUGUGGAGGAAAUAAUGUGCCAAGGGGACUCGAUAUAUGAUUUAAUAGAUAUAAGAGACCAUUCAACUGUUCAGAAUGAAUUAUUAUCUGGUCCACCUUCACUUACUGAUUCAGAAACAUUCCCUGAUGAGCGAAUAUUUAUAUGUAGGAUGACAAUCUCUCGUGCAGCAAAAAGACAAUUGCAGUAUCAAAAGUUAAUUAUUAUUGAGGGCCGCUAUAUCCAUCCUUCUGAAUAUUAUGAUGCUUGCUUAUCACUUUCUUCAACAUCAUCCUUUAUUCAACCGAUCUUUGCUGCACAUUGUCAGCCUCUUAUUAAUCCUGAAAAUGCAGAAAUUUUAUCCUAUGGAUGUACAUCAAUGUUCAAAUCUGUACACCAAUUGGAUAUGAAGUUUUUACAUCUUGAUAAUAUUGGAACGUUUCACUUAGGCUAUCGAAGCCAAGAUCUUGAAGGUAUUUCAUGGUAUCAGUUCGUUCAUCCAUCACAUUUAACUGAAUUUUCUCACAAACAUAAAUUACUAUGCCAAGAAAAAGAAGGAUCUGUAAUGUGCCUUCUGCGCCUUCAGUCUAUGAAUGGCAGUUGGCUGUGGUCGCAUACAGUUUUUUCGAUUCGGAGCAAUUAUUACAGUAGCACUCAAGAUAGUCGUUACUUUCGCCAUUAUAUCUAUGUCACUUAUCAACUGCUCAGUAAUUAUGAAGCAACGACUCUUCAAAAAAACUCUUCAUUUUACGAUGUACGACAUUUGUGUUCAAACGAUAUAAAGUUGAACGAGAAAGCGAAGAAAGAUUCGCCAUUAAGCGAAGAUGACAAUGCCUAUCUUAAGCCAACUACAGCAGCAUUGUUUAGAGCAUCGCUUUGCAAGAUUAAGAAAGAACCAGAAAUAAACGACCGGCAUCAAGAUGAUGCAGCUUUGGAUAUUGGUGAAAUGAAAAAAAGCAAUUUUUCGAAUGAUUUCACUCGAUCAUUAUUGGAAAUCUCAUCUGAAUCGAAUCACCAAAUUUCUGCAAUUCUAAAUCAGUUAGUGCGCUUGGAAGACUCCGAUUUAGAUGAAGUACUACGAGGAAGGCGACCAUUGCCCGACUUAAAAGAUGAUCUUGAUGAAUUCUUUCGUGAAGUAGAAUUAUCACCAUUGGUUGACUUCGAAGCUGACAUCAAAGAAGAACGAAUGAAUUCGGAUCAAGAGUCGAAAUUCCUGCAACAUUCACAGAUUCAAUCUAAAAUUCCUAUAAGUGCUAUGUUAAAUGCACCAUUUCAACGACCAGUGGCACAUAGUACGAAUCUCGUAUCACUUUUUCAGGAUCAAUUCAAGAAUGAUAUGUUUAGCUUAUCAGAUGAUAUGCAACAGUAUAAAGAGUUGGCGAUGAAUUUCGAUGGGACUCAUUAUAAGAACAACGAUUUCAUUCUGGUGAGAACUCGAUAA